UCGAUAGGUGGAGUAUAUUCUUAUGUUCUUGAACAAUCUAAAAGAUGUCGAGUCACUGCAAUUGCUCGUUCGGCAUAUGAUUCAAUUCAACAAGAUGGUCUUACCAUUCGAUCUCAAAAAUUCGGUGUGAUCUCAAAUUGGAAACCUUAUCGAGUACUACGUAAAGCUGAAGAAGCUACCGAUCGUAAUUAUCGAUUGAUCAUUUGUACUUUCAAAUGUCUUCCUGACCUUUUACCUACUACGACCAUCUUGGCACCUUUUUUGAUCCCUUUCUGUGGUACCUCUCCCAAUGAUAAACCCAAAGCAAAACCUCCAACUGUGGUCUUGAUUCAAAAUGGAAUUGGAAUCGAACAACCCAUAGCAGAAGCUUUCCCUUCAAUUCAUAUUAUCAGUACUGUAGCAUGGAUCGGCGCCAAUUUAAUUUCAAAACCUAAUCAACCUACAAUUAUUGAACAUGGAAAGAUGGAAAAACUAGUCUUUGGUUUAUAUGAUGAUGAAAAAAGAAGUUUAGGGAAAAUCGAAGUGGAUUUGUUGGCUAGUUUACUUAAAGAUGGAGGUGGUCAAAUUGAAGUUUUAGAACAUAUUCAACCUGCGAGAUGGGCUAAGAAUCUUUGGAACGCUGCUUUUUCUACCAUGUGCUCCUUAUCCAGAUCACCAGUUAGUGCGCUGAUAGCACCCGAAGUACUUCCUCAUACCUUACCGGUCGUUCGACGAACGAUGCUCGAGAUGAUCUAUGUAGCUCGAGCACUGGGAUAUCGAGAAAUCGAUUUACCUGCCAAAGCAGUCGAUGAUACCAUCCAACUUACGAUCUCACACUAUCAAGGCUCUCAAUCUCAAAACAAUGAAGAUGUGUUCGAGGAGGAUGAAGAAGAGGAAGAAGGAAAAGAAGAAACUAAACAUACUACUUUCAAGCCUAGUAUGUUACUUGACCUAGAAAACGGCCGACCAAUGGAGCUAGAACCAAUAGUAGGAGCUGUACUUGAUCGUGCACGCGCAAAAGCCAUCGAGACUCCUCGGCUAGACCUGUUUGAGUACCCUUUUCUCCAUUUUAUGUUCUACUUCUAA